CAUCAAACGAAUUCAAAUCCAAUCAAAUUGAGAAAGACAUAAAACAAAAGGCAAAAUAAUGAAGUUGGCCGUGGUCUCAGUCGUCGUCCUACUCGUGAUUCUCGUGGCCUGGCCGGUAUCGGCUGGCAAAAAAGACUUACCUGAAGUAGGAGGAUACGGAGGCGAGGAGGAGGAAGAUGACACAAACUCAUGGUUUCCUUUGGACAAUCUAUUAUCGUUGAGUUAUUAUGAUAAGAUUUGUCCGAAUUUUGAGAAAAUCGUUGAUACCAAAGUGAGAGAAUGGACAAAGAGAGACUCUACCCUCGGGCCCGCCCUCCUCCGCCUUGUUUUCCACGAUUGCGGCGUCACGGGAUGUGAUGCGUCGGUUCUUCUAGACCACGAAGGAUCAGAGAGAAAAUCUCCGGCGAGCAAAACCCUAAGAGGCUUCGAGCUAAUCGAAGAUAUCAAGUCCGAGAUGGAGAAAUCUUGCAAAGGAUUAGUCUCCUGCGCCGACAUCCUAAUCGCAGCUAGCCGCGACGCAACCUACCAACUCGGUGGUCCUUACUGGCCAAACGCCUACGGUCGUCGUGACUCCAAGAACUCAUACGCUAGAGACGUUGAGAAAGUCCCUUCAGGCCGCCGUGACGUCACCGGUCUUCUGGAGACGUUUCAGUCUUAUGGACUCAACAUCCUCGACCUAGUUGUCCUCUCCGGAGCACACACCAUCGGAAAAGCCAACUGUGGAACCAUCCAGUCUAGGCUUUACAACUUCAACGCAACACAUGGAACUGAUCCGGCCAUUGACACCAAAUUGGCAGAUUACUUGCGUCGCAAGUGUCGUUGGGAUUCCGAGACCGUUGACCUAGACGUCGUGACUCCGGUUACGUUCGAUAAUCAGUAUUACGUUAAUCUUCAGAAGCAUAUGGGAGUUUUGACGACUGAUCAGGAGCUUGUGAAGGACCCGAGGACCGCUCCGCUUGUGAAGGCUUUCGCCGAGCAGCCGCCUCAGAUGUUCAAGCAGCAGUUUGCUGUGUCGAUGGCUAAGCUGGUCAAUGUUGGUGUUAUUACUGGUGAAGACCGUGACGGAGAGAUCAGGAGGGUUUGUAGCAAACCAAACUCCAAAUCUUACUAA